GCACGGCGUGUCUCUAGCUUUCAUGGCCCAUCCGCUUAGUCGCCAUUCUCCUCCUGUCGCACCUCCCUUGGCUUGGGCUUGCUGAAGUCAAAUGAAUGACCAGGACCGCGGGGCACUGUGCUGACCCAGAUUACGUCGUGGGGGGAAGCUGUUUAGUAACCUAGGCUGUUGGCAAGACCUCAACAUCGAUCAGAUCAGGUGUCAACCACCUUCGUACCGUCCAAGUACCGUCUCCCCAAUUCACAUGACAAACAGCUUCCUGAUAUCAAGCACGCGACAAUUUCUUAUUCCAUCAUGGCGUCUCUCAACCUGCCCAAGGGCUCAUCAACAUGUCGAUUGUCCAUCCUCAACACCACAUGCGACUUCACAAUUCCUCCCUCCCUGCUCGUGGAACCCCCAAUCGAGGGAUACGACUGGAUCAAUCUUCCCACCUACUCAUUCCAUUUGAAGCACGCGUCGUCUGGCGCCGAGAUCCUCUUCGAUCUCGGAUGUCGCAAGGACUGGGAGAACUUUGUCCCUCAUCUCUCGGACAUCGUCAAAAACCAUCUCACCGGCAUUCGCAUUAAGGAAGAUGUCACGGACAUUCUUACUGACGGUGGGAUCGAUCUCAACAACAUCUCAGCAGCCGUCUUCAGUCACCACCAUUUCGACCACGUCGGAAAUCCGUCCAAGCUGCCCAAGAGCACCAAAUUGGUGGUUGGGCCGGGAUUCAAGGAGGCCUUUUUGCCAGGGUAUCCGGCGAAGAAGGACUCGGAAUUCCACGAAGCGGACUUCGCGGGACGUGAAGUUCAGGAGCUGGACUUCUCGGACGACUUCAAGAUCGGGCAAUUCCAAGCCCACGACUACUUCGGCGACGGCAGUUUUUACAUCCUGAACGUGCCAGGACAUGCCAUCGGCCAUAUCUCAGGCUUGGUUCGAACGACUCCGGACACAUUCGUCUUUUUGGGCGGCGAUGUCUGCCACCAUAGUGGAGUCAUCCGGCCUACGAAAUCGAUACCUCUGCCUGACACGAUACCUGAAGAUGCUUUUCUCGACAAAGCAAUACCUCGACCAUGCCUAUGCACGGCAUUCCUGUCGAGUCAUCCGGACGGAGAAAAUGGCCGCACGACACCUUUCCUCAAACCCACAACAGACCCCAAUGGAUGGUAUCGUGACCCGCCAACAGCAAAGAAGUCUACUCGAGCAUUGGAAGAAUUUGAUGCGCAACCAAACGUUCUGGUUGUCAUUGCGCAUGACCCGACCUCUCUUGAUGUUUUCGACUUUUUCCCAAAACAUACUAUGAACGACUGGCAGCAGAAGGGAUGGAAGCAGGCCUCUCAUUGGGGCUUCUUGAGCGAGUUGCCUUACAACGGAAAGACUGUCAGACCAGUACUUGUUGAUGGUCUCUACAACUCGCAGGGUGAGAGACUACGGGAUCUGAAUCUGAAGUGAGAGCAUGUAGAUGCCCAUAGGCCUUUUUCAGUCCAGGAAAAAAACUACUACGACCCCAGCACCAGCCAGAAAGAGAGAGUCGCCUAGUUCCAGUAAGUAGGCAGUGUACAGAGAUGAACCGAAC